AGCAGCGGCUCGUGACAGGGAAGGUUGAAGAGGUGAUAGUGACGGAGAAGCCAGAGGGAGACCAGGAAGAGUAGGACGUGGAGGAGAAGCUGGAAUAGAAGGAGGUGGAGAAAGAAGAAGAGGAUGAGGAUGUGGCAAAUCUGGCGUGGAGGGAUACGGGGUGGUGAAUGACGUCACGUUGCUAAAGCGACGCGGCAACGCUAAGCGUCUGCGUGGGCCGGUGGUGGUGUCUGGGCCGGGAUCAAUAGCGCGCCAGCAACCAGGUAGUAGAUGUGAGUGCCUGUGGGCUCCUCAACGACGGCAGUCCAGGAGACGAACCUCCCGAGGUAAGACCCUUUCGACGAAUCGAGUGGAGCUCCAGUGGCACACCGGACAGCACCAUGCCAGAAUCACAGCAACAGAGGACCCUGAUUAUUUAGGACCAUCUUCAUCUCCAGGCCGCCGCGAUGUGGCCUGGAGUACAACUUCUACUACUGUUACUAGCAGUCCUGCUACAUUCUUCAAGAUGUUCGCAGGCAAAAGUGAACUAUCGAGAGAAGGAGAAAGAGGUGUUGGACAACAUCCUAGGUCCAGGAAGAUACGACGCGCGUAUCCGGCCGAGCGGGGAAAAUGGAACAGAUGGGCCGACAAAUGUGCAGGUCAACAUCUUUCUCCGCUCUAUCAGCAAAAUAGAUGAUUAUAAUAUGGAAUACUCCGUACAAUUAACAUUUCGGGAACAAUGGAUUGACGAGAGACUAAAAUUUAAUGACUUCAAAGAUCGACUGAAAUAUUUAACAUUAACAGAAGCUAAUCGCGUAUGGAUGCCGGAUUUAUUCUUUGCAAAUGAAAAGGAGGGUCAUUUUCAUAACAUUAUUAUGCCCAACGUUUAUAUACGAAUCUUUCCAAAUGGUUCGGUUCUUUACAGUAUACGGAUAUCAUUGACACUUUCGUGUCCCAUGAAUUUGAAAUUGUAUCCUCUGGACAAACAAAUUUGCUCUCUACGCAUGGCCAGCUAUGGAUGGACGACUACAGAUUUGGUCUUCCUUUGGAAACAAGGUGAUCCCGUCCAGGUUGUUAAGAACUUACACCUGCCUAGGUUCACUCUAGAAAAAUUUCUAACUGAUUAUUGCAACAGUAAAACAAAUACCGGAGAGUACAGUUGCCUGAAAGUAGAUCUCCUCUUCAAAAGAGAAUUCAGCUACUAUCUCAUCCAAAUCUACAUCCCCUGCUGCAUGCUUGUCAUCGUCUCCUGGGUCUCUUUCUGGCUGGAUCAAAGUGCUGUACCGGCUCGAGUAUCGUUAGGCGUGACGACACUACUGACGAUGGCCACGCAAACAUCGGGAAUAAAUGCCUCACUGCCACCAGUCUCCUACACAAAGGCCAUCGACAUUUGGACAGGGGUAUGCCUGACCUUUGUGUUCAGUGCACUUCUCGAAUUUGCUUUGGUGAAUUAUGCGUCGCGUAGCGACAUGCACAGCGAUAACAUAAACAAAAAAUUUCCACCGAACGAGAUGGAACAUUCUUCCUCGGUUGAUCCAACAUCGGAGAUCCUCGACGCGGACAGUUCAGCGAAUUUCGCUAUGAAGCCUCUAGUCCAACACCCGGAGGAUUCCAUGUCGAUGGAUAAAAUGCAGCCGUGCGAACUACAUAUGCCACCGCGAAAAAAAAACUGCUGCAGGUCGUGGCUGUCCAAGUUCCCGACGAGGUCCAAGCGCAUCGACGUCAUAUCACGAAUAUUCUUUCCCAUCGUAUUCGCAUUCUUCAACCUAACGUACUGGUCCACGUACCUGUUUCGGGACGAAGUGGGGGGCCAGUAAACUUCGACGAGGAAGCGCUCGGAUCAAGGGACGUGGCUCGCGGCCAUCCCCAUCAUUAUUCCUACGGAAACACACAUCGUUCACGUCCUAGACAUCGACAACAACAACAACAACAACAACAACAACAACAACAACAACAACAACAACAGCAGCAGCAGCAGCAGCAGCAACGGCAUCGGCAACGGCAUCGGCAACAGUUGUUACAGUCGGUGCAGCCGUCGCAGCAGCAGCAGCAGCCACAGCACCACCACCAUCACCACCACCACCAUCUCCAUCACCAACAAGAACGUCGCCGUCAUCGUCAUAGAGUGCAACAACAAAUGCUACAGGCACCACCACCACCACCACCACCACCACCUCUACCACCCCAACAAGCACCCACAGGACCGUCGUACUCGCCCGUACAAACGUUCGAAGACGAUCGUGGCUACUCGCCGAGAAACUCCAAGCAUUCCUGUAGAAGCUCGACGAGAUCGUCGCAAUCGGCUUCGCCGUCACCGUCGUCGAGAACGGCGACCCCAUCGCCACCGUCGGCACCCGUUAGGCCGGCACCACCUCAACGUUUUCAUCGUUUCCCACAAUUUUCUUCGGCUCAUACCGGAAGGUGCUGUUGGGGUUUGUUACCCCGCGGGUGGUUCACCUGCAAGGCCAAAGGUAGCGCUAGAAUCGACUUUAUAUCGCGCGCAGCCUUUCCUCUCAUGUUCAUCCUCUUCAACCUAGCCUAUUGGUCCACGUACCUCUUUCGAGGUGAGGAUUCCGUGGAUUCGAAUUAGUGAGAUGCGUUCCGACUGCGAGGCAGAAGAGAAUCGACAAAAAGAGAAAAAAAAAAAAAUGUAAGAAAGUGGAUCAAGAUCAAGGAAUAAUGGAAGAAUGAAUGAAAGAAAGAUAGAUAGAUAGAUAGAUAGAUAGAUAGACAAAAUAGAUAUCGAAUGAACGAGAUUAGUUUCAUUGAUGGAAUGAAAUACAGGUCAUCAAAAUUUGAGGCAUGAUAUAAAGAACAAGAAUAAGAAACAAACAAACUACUCUAUCUUGCUUGAAAACGAAUGUUCUUUGGCCAAUUUCGUCGGUCACACCAGACCACGCGAGGAAGUCCAAGGGGGAAUGAUUUAAUUCUAUCGAAAAUGGAAACGGCGGACGUAGAAAGAGAAAGUAUAAAAGAAUAGGAAACGGAGAGAGGAGGAAGAGGGGGAGGAUGAAGAUGAAGAAGAAUUCGGUGACGACGCUGAUAUGGAAGAAGAUGAUGAAGAAGAAGAAGAAGAAAACAUGAAGGAAUAUCGGUGUGGGACAAGUUGUUCGGACGUGAAAGUGAUGGAACUCUUGCGUUGCCUUUCUUCCAUCAAAAGACAACGUGAGAAGUAUACGGAAAACACACACACACAGAACACACACAUUGAUUAAACCGCACACACAUAUAUGCUGGUGUCAUCAUGCUCUCGAGACGAUAUAACAUACAAGUACCGAGAGUUGAGGGUUCGAGGGACACGCGUCAUAUUUGGAUACACAAAUACACGCACACACACACACACGUACACGUUGAUAUAUACAAAAAUAAUACAUCUAUUAACACUUAAAUACACUGCACAUUUGUACACGCAAAAAAAAAUAUAACAAAUAAAAUAACACACCACACACACACAAAUACACAAGUACACAUUCGGAAGACCGCGUGCCACAGAGACUGAAGAGAAAUCAACGCAGUGGGCCCUGUAUAGCCACGGCCUGUUAACAAUUUACAAUGCAUAUAAGUUUAUAAAUACUAUAAACCUAACGUAUUGAGACAAGUAAUUCGUUAUUGCAGUCAGUGAAUCCUUUAUAUAUGCGUAUAUAUAAAUAUAUACAUAAAUAUAUAAGUAUACAAUCGUAAGAUUUCCAGUCUCGUGAUCGUCAUUCGAAAGACGGACAUCGGAUGAAAAAAAAAAAAAAAAAGGGAGUGGAAAAAAAAAAGAUCUUUCUAAAGAAAACUAAUUAUGGGAAAAUGAUAAACUAAAUGGAUUUCGUUACAAAAUAAUAUUAAAAUCAAAUAAGGUAUAACGACAAAAAAAAAAAAAGGAAAAAAAA